GCGAAAGCCUUAAGCAGUAUUGGUGUGAACUAUGGCCAACUUGGGAACAAUCUUCCCUCUCCAUAUAGGUCCAUUGAGUUACUAACAACAAUGGACGCUGGCCGUGUGAAGCUGUAUGAUGCCAACCCCGAAAUUUUAAGGCUUUUAUCAACAACCAAGCUCAAAGUUUCCAUCAUGAUCCCAAACAAUGAAAUCUCAGGCAUUGCUACCAACCAAAGCAUAGCAGAUGAAUGGGUGAGGAACAAUGUCCUCCCCUACUACCCCAAAACCAUGAUUCGCUUCCUACUUGUAGGCAAUGAGGUGCUAAGCUACAAUUCAGAACAAGGCCACCAAAUGUGGCAUGAUCUUGUUCCAGCAAUGCGAAGCAUCAGAAGAUCUCUCAAAGCUCAGAAUAUCAGAGGCAUCAAAAUUGGCACCCCAUUGGCGAUGGAUGUCUUACAAUCAACUUUCCCACCUUCAAGUGGGAGAUUCCGAUCUGACAUAAUAGACAGUGUGAUAGUACCAUUGCUUAAGUUCUUAGACAAAACAAACUCAUUUUUCUUCAUUGAUGCAUACCCAUAUUUCCCAUGGUCACAGGACCCCUACAAUAUUAGCCUUGACUUUGCUCUGUUCAGGGGAAAUUUCAGCAUAAGUGACCCUGGUAGUGGCUUAGUCUACACCAAUUUGUUAGACCAAAUGCUUGACUCCCUUAUCUUUGCAAUGUCUAAACUCGGCUACUCCAACAUCCAGCUCGUUAUAUCUGAAACAGGAUGGCCGAACUCUGGUGACAUAGAAGAACCUGGAGCAAACAUAUACAAUGCAGCUACAUACAAUCGCAAUCUCAUCCAAAGAAUGACAACAAAACCACCCAUUGGGACCCCAGCUAGACCUGGGGUUGCAAUAACCACCUUCAUCUUUUCACUGUUUGAUGAAAACCAAAAGACUGGUCCAGGAACAGAAAGACAUUGGGGCUUCUUGCACCCGGAUGGGACUCUAAUUUAUGAUAUUGACUUAACAGGAAAGCAACCUUUGACAGAUUUUGCACCAUUACCAGCUCCAGAGAACAAUGUACCUUACAAAGGGAAAGUGUGGUGUGUGGCAGCAAGAGAAGCAAACCAAAUGGAAUUGGCAGCAGCUUUGUCCUAUGCCUGCAACGAAGAGAAUGUUAAUUGUGAAGCACUUGCACCAGGAAAAGAAUGCUAUGAGCCAGUUUCGGUCACUGAUCAUGCAAAUUACGUGUUUACCACUUACUGGGCUAAGUUUAGAAGUCAAGGAGCCACAUGCUAUUUCAAUGGACUUGCAGAGCAGACAACUACAGAUCCCAGUCGACCUUCUUGCAAGUUCCCAAGCGUGACUAUGUAA